AUGCGCGUUAGCUGGUUGUCAAAAGCCUUCGAGGUGCUCUCGUGGAGGGCGGUGGGGCUCGCGGGCCUGGAAGCGACCUGCGCCGCCCGCGCCACUCGCGCCGCCCGCGCCUCUCGCUUCCGCCGCGGCGGGCGCCACCGCAGCCGCUUCCGCUUCCGCCGACGUUACGGCGCCGGCGCCGCCGGCCGCGCGGCGGAAGACCGUUCCCUGGCCGCUCGCGCGGCGGAGAAAACGGACGCGCUUUCUUUAAUUACAUUUAUGCGCGCGUGCCGUUGGUUAGAGGUGUGCUUUUGCGUGUCGCAGACGCCGCUGUCGGGCAACGGCGACGGCGAGCAGCUGGACACGCGCGGCUGCCGCGUGGACGUGGCGGGCGACUACACUAAGAAGAAGCACGUGCUGCGCCUCAACACGCUCAGCGGCUCGGAGGUGCUGCUGCAGGCGGAGACGGCCGACGACAUGGAGUUGUGGCUGGGCGCCGUGCACCAGCGCGCCGACGCCUACGAGGAGGCGGGGCGCAAGGGCGGCGUGGCCGGGGAGCUGCCGCCGACGCCGCUGAGCGCGCCGGCGCCGGGGGCGGGGUCCGCGGGGGCGGGGCCCGGGGGCGCGCGCCUCAGCCCGCUGCCCGCGCACAAGGGCAUCGGCAUCCGCAACAAGUUCACGUCGUUCCGCAACCGCUCGCCCACCGGCCAGUCGCCCGUCAACAAGACGCGCAAGCCCAGCCAGACAGACCAGCUACCAUCACCAAAGAGCAAGACGUGGAAAGGGCGUGUUGCCAAGCAGUUGCGCAAAAUUCAGCAUGGAGCUGGUUCUCCAUCAUCUCCUACUGCUCCCCAUCCGGAGGGCUGCACCAUCGGAGUGCCUCUCGAACUCUGUCCUCCUUCAAACUUCAGUACAUUUGUGCCUCUAUUGGUGGAGCUGUGCACAAGUGUGGUGGAUUCCCGAGGCCUGGAUAUUGUUGGCAUUUAUAGAGUACCAGGGAACACAGCAGCAGUCUCUGCUUUAACAGAAUCUGUUAACAAGGGAUUUGAAGCUACUAGCCUCCAGGAUCCUCGAUGGAAUGAUGUGAAUGUGAUCUCAAGCUUAUUAAAGCUCUUUUUCCGAAGAUUGCCUAAUGCUCUUCUCACUUCAGAACUGUAUCCCCUUUUCAUUGAUGCAGACAAAGCAGAAGAUCCUAAUGAACGAAUUCUUACAAUUAAGAAACUAGUCCAUGAAUUGCCUGAACACCAUUUUGAGACUCUUCGCUACCUCUUGUUCCAUUUAAAGAAAGUGGUGGAGCACUGUGACUCCAAUAAAAUGGAAGCUCGAAAUUUAGCAAUUGUGUUUGGCCCCACACUAGUUAGAACUUCUGAUGACAAUAUGGUAACAAUGGUAACUGAUAUGUCGCAUCAGUGUCGAAUAGUGGAGUCUCUCAUUUCACAUGUUGACUGGUUUUUCUCUGAUGAGGAAGAUGCUCCUUGUAACUUUCCAUUCAGUAACCCUCAAGAUGUGCAAGAACUGGAAGCAUCCUCUACAAAUCAUAAUUUGCUGCUUAGUAACAUCCAAAAAGUAGAAGGCAUGAAGGCUGACUCGGCUAACAGGGACAUAAGCGCCAAAGAUAUAGUGUCAUCCAUCAUUUCUGCAGCCAAUCGUAAGAUGCAGAAAGCAAAGUCAAGGAAGGGAGGCACCCUGGUUGCCUCAGCCACACAGGAAGAGAGUCAUGAAGUGCUGGCUGAGCCAGUGGAGAGCGAGCCCAAGCAGGUCUCUGAGAGUAAACCCAAGCUCAGAGAGCCAGAGCCCUUGGCCCCUGUGGCCACUGCAGAAUCAGACGAAUCUCUGCACCAGCCCUCCUCUGCCGUGGCUUCCUCGAUCCGGGAGUCUGUGCUCUUGUCAGGCAGCAUUGUGAAGAGUCUUAAUUCAGGCCGAGAAGAAGGUGGCCUUGAAGAUGAAGCAUGCCCUGAGGACAGUUCUCCACGUGAGCCUUCACCUGGAGCGACACAAGAUGCCAACUCUAGUGGACCUUCGAUUCGUAGAUAUGUUGCUGGAGUGCCUUUAGCGGGAGAUGAUGCUGCAACGAUACGCACAUACACAGGCCUGUCGGCUACUACUCAGGAGAGGAUACGAAGGUUUGAGCUUGAAACAAAAGCAAUGCUGCAGCGUGAUCAGUCUCGCCACCGACAAGAACUGGAGCGACGAGAAGCCGAGAAGCGUCGAAUUGAGCAGGAAUGGCAGCAGGCAAAGCGUGACUUGGAAAGUGAAGAUUUGUUGGACAAACUUGCAGACAAUCCAGCUGACCUGUCAAGGAAAGGCGAUUCAGUAAGCAGGAUGCCUGCUCUGCUGAAACCUGCUCCAGGAACUGCACAGUUGCAAACUCCUACGCUUAGCGGAGGACAGGGCACAUCUGGGCCUCCUUCUCCAGCAGCUGCCCUUCUCACGAGGACUCUGCAACAGUAUCAGCAGCAACACGCAGAACCACCACCCAACCGAGAUGUGCUGAGCGGAUCUGAUGAAAGAGAUGGAAGUUCUUCUCUGCAAUCAUUCACUCAUACUCGUAAAGUUGGAGGCACUCAUUUCUUCCCCAGCAGUCCAGGGCCGAAAACAUCUCAACCUACUGCACUCUCCAGUAUGGCAGCAGUCAGCACUCUUGUGGAUGCGGGGUAUCCUCCUACAGCCAAGUCAGUGGCUCGCAGUGUGGAAUUAGCUGCUGCUCGAAGUGCCCAGGCCAGCAUGAGGAACUCUGUGCAUUCACCUUCUGGGCAGUCACGAGCUUCUGAACUCGAGGAAAACCCAACCAAGCCUUCUCAAGUAACAACAGCAGAUUCAAAAAGUAGCACAGCUUUAAGCUCCUCAUCGCAGCUCAAAAGGCUAAAGACUGGAAAUGAACAGGGCCCCACUCCAUCUCAGACAUAUGGAUCACUGCGUAGUGGUUCUCUCGACUCACUCCAGGAGGCUUAUACUAGUGAUCCAGCUACCAGACCUCAGAGUGAUGUAUCAGAAGAUGGGGGUGACCUGCUGGCAAGUUUGACUUCAACAUUCGACCGCAAGCUGAAGUCCUUGUUGACCACAAGUGUGUCAGAAGCAGCCUCCCCUUCUGACACAGUUGCGGAGACAUCUUUGGACACGGAACCUCUUCUGCGCCAUGAGGUGCCCCCAGCCCAAGAUCCUCUCGAGCAGGAGCGUGCAUCCCCAGCAUCAGCACCGUCACAGUCUGUGGCGUUGAAGGUCUCGGAGGCCAACGAGUCUGAAACUGAGUUCUGCUCCCCAAAGGCAGCAUUAGAGGACACAGGAGCCCCUUCUGAGGACCUCAUGGGGUCAAAGAGAAGCUCACCAUCUCUACCUCCAGCGUCUGCCCCCUCAGCGCCUCGCCGGAUGGCCGCCCUGGAGCGCCAGAGCAGGGUGGAGCAACAUCUGGAUGCUAUCGACAAUAAGCUGAAAGAACUGCAGAACUGUCGGUCUGAAGAGCGAGAAGACCUUCAAAAGAAAGUGAAAGAAAGUGCAUCAUUAAAUGAGAAAGAAGAGAAGUCUGUGGAAGAUAAAGAAACUGCCUCAUCGAAACUGAAGAGGUCAGAAUCACUUAGUAAGGCUGAAAAGUCGGAAUCGACAGUGAACACAAGGCUGAAACGUUCUGAAUCCCUAACAAAAGCAGAACGAGAAGACAUGGGGUUUUCUACUAGCAGAUUGAAACGAUCUGAGUCACUAACAAAAGCUGAGAAAGUUUCAAGUUCAAGUACAAAACUGAGGCGGUCAGAAUCUCUAACAAAAGCUGAGAGGUCUGAAUCACCUUCUAACAUGAAGCUCAAGAGGUCUGACUCUCUGACAAAAACUGAGAAGACUGAAUCAAACAAUAGUAAAAGAAAACAGGACUUACUUUUAAGCUCAGGGAUGGGUCGUGCAUCAAAUAGAGGCUGUAACAAAGAAAAGGAGAAUAUGGCAAUCAACCUCACUAAAUUGAAACGGAAGAAUGGAAUGCCAGAACGGUCUAUCAAACGAAGGCACACUGUGGGAGGCACCAAAGACUUUGAUAAGUUGAAUUGGUUGGAUAAUAGGCGACAGCAUCAACUGGAAGAGAAUGAAGCAUUGGCCACAAAUGCUCCUGUGAGCAACAAGGAGCGACAGUGCCUGCGAACCAGUUCUCCUGACCUCAGUUCUUCGCGUCUGGGAAACACUAUCAUGGGCCAUGAACGCUUCCUAAUAGAGAUUCGUAUGCUUAGUAGAGGGGGUGGUGUCAUGUCUGAAUUGAGGCACAACAUUGCUCACCCUCCUUCAUCUGGAAUGGGGCGUCCCCACAGUCUGCCUGAUCCAAAUUUAGCGUCACGCGUAUUUAAAGUUCCUUUGGAGUCCCAUGUGUAAUGGUAGGCAGAAUACCAGUUCAAGUUUUUAUUCUUAUGUGAUUAAAAGAACAAAAAUGAAAAUUUAAAAUGAAGUGUUUUUGGUUUCUAAUGUUCACAUUGAGAAGAGUGGGGUAGAGAUCAAAUACUUGCCUCCUUCUUUGUUUUUCAGCUGUUGAUUUAUGAUUGCAUCACCCUUGGUCCUGUUCAGACAGUGAAGUAUGACUGAACAUAAAUAAUAUCUGUACUUGUGUGUUCAUCAACUAUUGUCUGUGUUCAAGACUGAUCUCUGAUGUCAUUAAGAAACUAUUUGAGAUGCAUGCUCUCUGUAAAGAAAGAACAUCACUGCACAAGAUAUUUCCUGUGUAGAUUGUAGGGACUUCCUGACUCAAAGAGGAGAAGUACUUACGUGUUAAUUUGUGCAGCUGAAUUUGUAUAUUAUUUUCUGAAAGAAUUCAAGAUCUGUGAUUGUUGAACAAAAUCUGUCGUGAUACAGAUAUGUUAUAUAAACAGUGUAAAUGCAGGCUUUGUUGAUAAGUUUUUGUGAAAUGUGAUAAACUUUACAUGUAUGUGAGAGUGUGAAAAUGUAUAUAGCCCACAAUUUAUGUGAUAAUGAAAGUUUUCAAAUUUAUUUAUUCCAUUUGCAGAGAAUAAACUACAUACAUCACAAUGUGCAAUGUUUCAAUACUAAAGAAAGUAUCAGUUAAUUAAUGGUGUUGAUUCCAUUAUGUCCCAUAUCAGGACAUCAAGAAGGUGUCAGGAUACAAAAGAAUUGAAUAAAUGAGUUCCCUGUGCUUUAUCGUAGUGUGUAGCAAGUACAAAGAAUUGUAUUUUUCUUUUAAAUUGAUUUAGAAUUCCAUACUUGGUAUGCUUAAUUUUAUUUUAUUUUCAAUCUCAAGGAAGAGGAAGUAGAAGAUAUUAGAGCAAGAAGAUACAGUCUAAAUUCUCUUGGCAAUGGGCAUUUCAUUUCUUUUUAGUCUUCUUGCAGUGAAAUAAAAACAAAUAAAUUUGGAGUUUUAAUGUUAAAUAAGCUGUUCUGGAUUGAUGUAAAAAUGCUUUUGUGAUAAAUUGGUAUUUUGUUGUAUAUGUUGAAAAAAGUUUCGGGGAUGAAAAAGGGCAAAAUGGUACUAUUAAGUUCUAUCUGACCGUCCAGUAGAUUCAUGUUUGUUUUUGUGUAUUAUUCUGACAAACACGAGCUGGACCUUCCUGGUGCUUCUUUUUUUUUUAAUUUUGUUUUCGUACUCCAUUCUAUGUAUUACAUAUUUCUGUUCAUUCUAAAUAUUUUAUGUAUAUAAAAGAACAGAAUAUCUCGUAUAUAAACAAAGAGAGUAUGAUAUAAAUUUUUUAUGUUACAGGGUUGAGAUGGGUGAUAAAGAAAUGGAGUUUUUAAGAGUUUCCUUUGUAGAAAUCUUCAUAUAAUAGUUCAUUUACAUCAGAAAUCGAGAUAUUUUAGUGUAUGGUAUGACAGAGAAAAUUUCCAUGUAAAUAUACGGAACUCAGAUGAUGA